CUGGGGCUGCUUCCAGAGCUGGAGGGAUGCUCCUGGCUGUGCCUGGACACAGCCCUGAGAUAUCCCCACAUGAAUGAGUCCCAGUGGUCCUUAACCCCCAGCACUGGCCUUUCCAACCUCUUCCAGCUCGCCAGCAGCUGUGCAGUGACUGGGAAAGCUAAGGGACUGGCUGGUGGCCUGGGAAAGGAGAGGGCUGGACAGUGACAGGGAGAAGGUGCAUCCUCCCUCCCACCCCAGCACAGGGCUGCCGGGAGCCUCGGGGCUACAUCCAGCCCUGGUCCUGACUGCUCUGGCACCCAGCGAGGAGCUGCUGGCACCACCAUGUCCCAGGCAGAAGGAGGUGAGGAGGCCUUUGAAUGCUGCCAUGUGGUCAUCAACAGCCGGGAGAAGGUUUCAGACGUGUACACACGGCUGGAGAAGCUGGGAGAGGGGAGAUUCGGGACUGUGUACAGGCUGCAGGACAAAGCCAGCGGCACAAUCCGGGCUGGGAAAUAUUUCCGCACGCGGACGGCCAAAGAGAGGAAAGCGGCCGAGGCCGAGGUGGAGCUGAUGAACCUGCUGCACCACCCGCGCCUCGUGCAGUGCCUCGCUGCCUUCCAGGGCCCCAGCGAGCUCGUCAUGGUCAUGGAGUACGUGGCGGGUGGGGAGCUCUUUGAGCGCAUCGUGGACGACGAGUUCGAGCACACGGAGCCCAGCAGCGCCCAGUACGUGCGGCAGAUCCUGGAGGGGCUGCGUUUCAUGCACGCUCAGGCCGUCGUGCACCUCGACCUCAAACCCGAGAACGUCGUCUGCGUCAGCCCCGACAGCCACUGGCUGAAGAUCGCUGACUUUGGCCUGGCGCGGAAGCUGGCUCCAGACACCCCCGUGAAGGUGUUGCAGGGCACCCCUGAGUUCAUGGCUCCAGAAGUGGUGGCCUUUGAGCCCGUGAGCUUCUCCACGGACAUGUGGAGCGUCGGAGUCAUCUGCUACAUCCUGCUGAGUGGGGAGUCCCCAUUCCAGGGGGACAAUGACAUGGAGACAAUGAGCAACAUCACCGCUGCCCAGUGGGACUUUGAGGAAGAGACCUUCUCAGAGGUCUCCCAGCAAGCCAAAGACUUCAUCAGCCAGCUGCUGCAGAAGGACCCCCGGCGCCGACUCACCAGCGCUGGAGCCCUGCAGCACCCCUGGCUGCAGCAGCCCCAGCCCAGCAGCACCAAGGCACUGUCCAAGGAGAGGAUCAAGCAGUUCCUCACCCGUCGGAAGUGGCAGAAAACAGGCAAAGCUCUCCAGGCCCUCAACAGGCUGACGCUGCUGUCCCAGGGCCCCGAGAGGAAAGAGUCAGAGGCUCGGGAUGAGGAAGGAGGGAGGCUGAGCCUGGGCAGUUCCUCACCGUUCCCUGUGUCCAUGUGCCCACUGAGCUGCAGCCCGGAGCAGCACCAAGGCUCUGGGUCUCUGCCCCGACGAGGUCUGAGCCUCUCGCAGUAGCAGCUAGGAAGAAAGUAUUACUUUUC